CUGCACCACACAGACGCAACAAAUGAUAGACUACCACUUGGGGAGCGUGUUCCACUCACUAUAAUCUAUAAUGUAAAAUGUAUUAUGGUGGCUUUAUCUGACAGUUUUUUAUCCAUUGCUGGCUGGCUGAAGGACAACUAUUAUAUACCUGAAUGAAUUGUCAACACUGACUUCCUUGGGAAUAGGACUGACUACCUGUUGCUUUUCUUAUUCUGAUCAUGUGGAAGUGUUGAAAUGCGGACGACAGUGGAUUCGGUUCCGCUGAUAAAUUGUUAAUAAUUCGGCUACGGUAGUUCCGUGUUACAUGUUUGUUCUUCAAUGCGUUUAGUUUAUAUGGCGACAGUAGACUCAACUCAAUGAAACUUCAUCGGCGGCGUGUCCCUGUUGAACACCGCAGCCUAAAGACAUCGGUUUCACGCACCACGAACUGUCAUUGUACAACCAUCCUUAGGUUAGCCUACUUUGAAAGGAGAGAGAAGAAACAGGAACUUACUUUUUUAAACUUUGUAAUACCUCAACUAAAUUAUGACUUCGGUUUGGAAAAGAUUACAACGCGUUGGCAAGAAAGCUUCAAAAUUCCAGUUUGUGGCGUCCUAUCAAGAACUUGUGUUGGAAUGCACUAAGAAAUGGCAACCAGAUAAAGUGAGAGUGGUUUGGACCAGAAGAAAUAGGCGUAUGUGCUCCAAGCUUCAUGGAUGGCAGCCGGGCAUCAAGAAUCCAUACAGAGGGAUGGUGGUGUGGCCGGUACCUGAAAAUGUGGAUAUCUCUGUCACACUCUUCAGGGAUCCCCAUUCUGAUGUGUUUGAAGACAAAGACUGGACGUUUGUCAUUGAGAGUGAGACAAAGGGUCAACGUAAGGUCUUGGCUGCAGUGGACGUGAAUAUGAAGAAGUUUGCCAGUGCCACGCCCACUCAGCAAGACCUGACAUUGAAGCUGAAGCCCCUGUCUGUCAAGGUGGUGGAGGCAACUCUGAAGCUCUCCCUGUCCUGUGUGUUUCUCAGAGAGGGGAAAGCCACUGAUGAGGACAUGCAGAGUCUGGCCAGUCUGAUGAGUGUCAAACCCACAGACAUCGGUAACCUUGACGACUUCAAUGAGAGCGAUGAGGAGGAAGACAGGAGGUCCAGUGCUGGAGCUAGCAUUAGCAAAGCUGCCGCAGCUCCUCCUGCUCGUCCAGUGCGCCCCCCAGAAAGGAGGCCUUCUCCUCUAAAACAUCCCCCUGUCAUAGCCUGUGGGAAAGAGAGUGGCAAAGCUGGCACUGCACCUGUCCUCCAUUCAAGGCCCCCUCUGCCUACCCCCCCGACCCCCUCUCCCCGUCCUCAAACCCGCUCCAGACAUGCACGCUCUGUGCCACCCUCCCCUGAGCCCCCCAGGCCACCAGUGCCCCCAUUCCCCUUGGUGCCCUCAGUUCCAUCAGUGCCCUCAGUUCCAUCAGUGCCCUCAGCCUCAGCGCCAUCAAGGCCCCUAGGACCCCCAGUUCCCUCAGUACCAGUCUUUACCCGCUAUCAACCACCCUCAGUAUCAUCAGUGUCCUCACUGCCUGCCUUUACCCACUAUCAACCACCCUCAGUAUCAUCAGUGUCCUCACUGCCUGCCUUUACCCACUAUCAACCACCGGCACUGCCCAAAAUCUUCCGUCCCAGCAGCGGCUCAGAGCCUGUGUCUUUUCUGAGUAGGCUCCCGGGGGCUCUGUGUGGCCCUGCAGUGGACUUGAAGCCCCGGGGUGUUGGCCAAGUGGCCCCCGAUCGGCCCCAGUUCAGACCAGCUGAGCCCCUGGCCUCUGGCCUCUCUCAUCAACCCUCUCUACCCUCCGACCCACAAAGAGCUCGCUCAAAUGUCUUCAGACCUCAGAUUGUAUCAACUCAUCAGCGUCCGUCCUCCCCCUCUAUCUUUUCCUCUGCUGCAUCUCCUCAAGACAAAAACACUGUUACUGCCCUAUCUCAGCCAGAACCAUCCCUCCCCAAACCUCAGCUCCCCAACACUCCGCCAACCUCCAUCUGGCAGAGGGAGUGGGGGAGGCCCAGGCCUGUGUCAGGCCCCAGUGGCCCCUCUGGCUCUGGCCUGUCCCCCUCCUAUUCCUGUCCCUCUCCUAGGGAUUCCAUGGCCCCUGUCCCUCUGCUGACUAGCCCAGACCUGGAUGCUCUGUGUGACCCUCACUGUCCUCCUCCUUCCAUCUCCUUCCCUAAGUCCUCACCUCCUGUCAAAUGUCUUUUCUCUCACAACCCUCCCUCUCCUCGCUCUAACAACCACCGUAAACGUGCCCAAGUCGUUGCCCCUCUCUCUGACCCUCUACCCAAGCCUGUCCCUCUGCUUCCUGCUACUGUCCGUGCCUCUCCUUCUGCAGCUCUCACUGCCUCCCAGUCAGAGAUCCAGAGGGAGUUAAACACUCUCACAGAAGAGGAAUACCACAGUCCUUCUACACUUGGGCUGAAACUGUCAGAGCAGCAGAGCCUGUCUGUCUCCAGUGAGACCCUUCCCCUGGCCCUGAACAGAGGGGACGAGUCUCUCCGCUCCCCCAGGACUGCUGGCACCAUCCGGAUCGCUAACCAUCAAGCCUCUGCAUCCUUGGAGAGAGACCGAGAGAGCCGACCAGAGUCAGAGAAAGCUGUGGGGUUGAAAGGUUGCAGUACCAUUAAAGGUUCUGGGCAAGAUGGCAGCCCAGCAACUGGUAUCUCUGGCCCUACGCCCACAGAAGUCUCUGAAUCAGCAGGGCUUAUUCCAGCGCUCCCUCCUCCAUGGCCUUUCUCUAGCCUAGAGACAGAAGCACCAGAGAGCACUAUCCCUAAAGAGCCUUCUACCAACAUCCUGGGAGCAUUUAGUGCUGAUAACCCGCCAUUGGCUGAAAAGAAGCCUGACUUUAAAAAGACAUCCAAUGAGACCAAGGAAGUGCCUUAUCAACCUGCCAAGCCAGAGGACUCCUCUCCCUCGACCCUGGACAAAACACCUUUUAGUGCAGACAAGCCACCAUUGGCUGAGCCUGAGUUUGACUUUGAUGACAUAAUCAUAGAGACACCUGAUCCAUCAGUCAUGGCAGGUAACUUAUUUUUGGAGGACAAUGCAGAUGAAGAAGCAUCAAAAGUGGAAACAAUAAAGAGGUCACCAUUCAGCACCUUGAAGACUGAGAUGGAACAUCUGAAUGGAGGUGUUGAACAGGAAGCUGAUUUAAAUUCAACUGGAGUGCCAUAUUCAAAAAUGCCGACGUCAACGGAGCUCCAAAUAGAGCACAGGCCAGUUGACACGAAGCCACUUCCAGAGAUUGUAAACAUCACGUGUGAAGACGCAGCCGAGAAGCAUGCCAAAGGCCAAGAGAAGCCUGUGGAGACGAAGCAGGAGAAACAAAGGCCAACACCUGAUUUUCCCUGUUUAUAUGACCUCAACAAGUCAGAUGAAGACAAGGAAAUUAUGAAAAACAUGGCUGCCCUGGAGGCAGGUCCUCCCAGUAUUACAUCCACACCAGCUGAGCCAUCCAGUAUUCCUACUCAAGAGCUCCCUCCUCUGGAGAAAAAGCCAAUCAAAGCAAAAAGGCCAUCAUGGGCUGAGGAGAUUAAGGGCUCCAAAGAGGAGGCUAAGAAACAGAUGGGCCAUCAACCCCAGGAUGAGAAGGCCUCAUUAUCACAAGCUGAUGGGCACAAAUCAGCCCCCCUUCAAGUUAAAGCUAACAAGAAUAAAGAGGAGUCACAUGGUUCAGAAUGGAAUGCAACGAAAGAGGAGGCAGGCAUUUUCAAAGCACACAGAGGGGAUUCUGACUGUGUUCAGAUAGAGCGUUCUUCUGACCAUCUGUCAUCAAAAGCAGACACAUUUCCCUUGUCAGGCAGUGUCAGUGUAGAUAAAACCAUAGAAAUAGAUUUACUAUCAAAUAGCACUAAUUAUAUUUCUAUAGAUAAAACCAUGGAUGCCACUCCAGAAAGCCUAGAGACACCCAAUAUGGCUGAAUCCCCUCAAUAUGAAGUUGUUGAACCUAUGAUCCAAUCCAGCUUUACGUUAGAGACCAUAGCUGAGGAUGCAAUGGCGCAGGCAGAGGUUCCACUCUGGGAGGCCCUGGAGGAGAAAGCUAAGGAUCAGAAACCAGAGCAGGACUCUGGAGAGGAGAUGAUCAAAGAUGAAGUCCUUAGAGAGGAACAGGGGAAAGUAGAUGAGAACAUGUUAGUGCCAGACGUAGAAUCACUGGAGACAGGCUCAGACAAAGAUGUUAAGCCAGAAGCUGCCAUUAGCAAAGAUGAGGGGCACAAGCAAAUCACCUCAGAUGAAUCAGAGCUGUUCCGAAUGCCACCUACCCCAGAGCCCACAGCCCAGUCUUCUGAAUCACUUCUCAAGGAGACAAUUGUAGAGGAGGGUAAAGAGAGUGAACCAUCAACUUCACUGUCUACACCCCCUCUGCACCUCCCCACAAAGGUAUUCGGUAGCUCCACCAUGGAGCGCUCAUUGCAGAUAGACACGCUUGUGUCAUUGGAAGCAGCCAUUUCUCCAGCUGGAGAGUCAGGUUUAAAGGAAGAGGAUCAAUGCGAAAUGAAGCGUCCUCCUAGCAGGGGGGCUGUAGAGGCAGAGCAGCCUCUAUGGGCUGCUUUAGAGGAGAAAACUAAGGAGAAGGGGGCAGAGGGAGUAGGCAUGAGCACAUUGGAGCCAACAAAGAGUACCUUGCAAACGGGCCCAUCUGGACAGGGAUCUGUAGCAGAGAUCCACAUGACUGAGUACCUAGAGGACACUCCCCUCCCAUCUCCCUCCAAGGAAAAUAGAGAAACAGACAUUUACUUUGACUGUGACAGUUCAGUAGCAUUUGACACACCAUCAAAUGAGGAGACCCCCAUUCACCUUCCUAAGAAGAAGAAGAAAUUAUACCUGGAAAAAUGUGCUGUUGUCGACACUAAGAGUGAAGAAGGGGAAGGUGAGUCUGGUUCCUCCGUGGUCGGCCCAGGACAAGCCAACAAUGAGCAUCAUCUAGAUCCAGUGUCGAAGAAAAGUUCUGUGGACACAUCAGAUUUAAGUACAAGAGAGGAGUUGGAAGAUGAGCAGGUUUUGGGAAGGCUGGAGCAGGUUCCUGUAGCUGUGCAGGAGGAGGGUCUUGAUGUUGAUGUCUUCAUGAGAGCGUUAGUGAGUGCCCUGUACAGAGGUUAUGAGACUGUGACUUCCAUACUUCAGCCAUCUGGCCUAAUGAUGUCUAAUGAUGAGGAGGUAGGAAAACCAUACUCAAGACCACUUUCUCCAUCUGAGUUUGAGAUCCUACCACCUGAAGCCUUUUCUGAUGCAUUAGAGGAACUCCCAGUCCUGGUCACAGACUCAUCACCGGUCCAGUUGACCCACAAGAAUGAAACAACGCUCUCUACAACUGGAGAGACUGGCAGGCUAAGCUUAGUGGAGACUUUGUGUUUAGCUGCUGUGGAGCAAGAGAUGGUCAAGGACCCAAUCACCAAAAUUGAGCAAGAGGUCAAACCUCUGAAGGAGUCUACCAAACCACAUAAAGAGACUAACAAACCACUGGAGGAGAGCACAGAACAACCAAAGGAGAGCACAGAACCACUAAAGGAGAGCACAGAACCACCGAAGGAGAGCACAGAACCACUAAAGGAGAGCACAGAACCACCAAAGGAGAGCACAGAACCACCGAAGGAGAGCACAGAACCACUGAAGGAGAGCACAGAACCACUAAAGGAGAGCACAGAACCACUGAAGGAGAGCACAGAACCACUGAAGGAGAGCACAGAACCACUGAAGGAGAGCACAGAACCACUGAAGGAGAGCACAGAACCACUGAAGGAGAGCACAGAACCACUGAAUGAGAGCACAGAACCACUGAAGGAGAGCACAGAACCACUAAAGGAGAGCACAGAACCACUGAAGGAGAGCACAGAACCACUGAAGGAGAGCACAGAACCACUGAAGGAGAGCACAGAACCACUGAAGGAGAGCACAGAACCACUGAAGGAGAGCACAGAACCACUGAAGGAAAGCACAGAACCACUGAAGGAGAGCACAGAACCACUAAAGGAGAGCACAGAACCACUGAAGGAGAGCACAGAACCACUGAAGGAGAGCACAGAACUAUUGAAGGAGAGCACAGAACCACUGAAGGAGAGCACAGAACCACUGAAGGAGAGCACAGAACCACUGAAGGAGAGCACAGAACUAUUGAAGGAGAGCACAGAACCACUGAAGGAGAUGAACACUGUGAAGGGUAAACCAGAGAAGGAUGUACGUCCACCUGUGUUACCACCUGUAGAAAACAAAAAGGAUUUCCCACCACUGAGAGAAGCAGAGCUGGAUGAAAUAGCUUAUGAAGAGUGCUUGGAGGACAAUAAAGAUGAAUCCACCCCCAUCGCUAACUACACUAAAGCCUGUAAAGAGACAAUCAAGGAAAAGACCAAGACAGUGUUCAUGCCUGACAGCGAUUCAGAUGAGUUGGAGUUUGAGAUGGGGCAGGAGGACAUAGGCACAGUGUGGCUAGCAGAGUUGUACAUGGAUGCAGGUCAAGAGGUGUUCUCUUCUCCACCACCUGCUCCACAUGAGGUCAACCGCCCUGAUAGUGUGUCCACACAGCAGGCCAUAUCAGUGGGGUCCCUUCCUGCAGGACCUGUUACUGGAACCAUUGAACUGGAGCCACUUCCCCGUCGUCGCAGCAAAAAAAAAAUAAACUCUCCUCCAGUGCCUCUUCAGGAAGUAGGCCCAGACAGAGUUAGUCAAGACACGGCACCUGUUGCCAGUUGCCUGGCUCCACCAAAGCGAAUCAAAAAGAAAACUGUUCCACCACCCGAUAAUAAUAGCAAUAAUGAGGCAAUGGCACAAGAGAGCAGCAAAUCUAGCUUAAUAAAGGAGACUUUUAACACUGAUGCUAAAGAGGAAGACAUUCCAAAACCACUAAUCCUCGCCAUGGAAACAACUUCUUCAGAUAGCAUUCUGGUGACAUCCAGAGAGAAUGGAGCCAAUGACGUGCCUCAUCUAGCAAAGGAGGGUGAUGAUGAGAAAGAUCUCCCAGAGAAAGAUGUCUCUGUCAGCUCAGUGGUCCCAUGGCCUCUACCGCCCUCUCAACCUGGAACACCUACUACAUGUCCCAAGGUCCCUCACGUAAUCACUACGGAACCCCCCAAAGAGGACCUAAGCCUCAUUGAGGAGGAAAUGUUGCUGCUGGCUAAGAUUAGUCAGAUGGCAGGAGAAGAGCCAUCAGAAGUACCUGUGCCUGUGCCUGCCCCCCGCUUCAGGAAACGCCUGAUCCCCUCUUUCCAUGAGGAUGACCCUUUUCUGAACCCAGAAGAUCUCCCAGCCUCCGAGGCCAGUGAGGAACAAGAGACCCUAUUACCAAUGAUCCCUCAGGAAGUCAGUCUAGACAGGCCUGAGCCAAACCUCCUAGAUCUAGAUGGAAGGAACGGGCAGCAGGAAAUCAUUUGUGAGCCCUCUACCAUAGCCAUCUCCUCCUCAAAUAGUAGCCCAUCAGAAACUAUUACUGAGGUUAAUCAGGUGGUGGCAACCACUGAGGGUAUGACAUCAUCAGACUCUGCUGUGAAUUUCACAGUCCAUUCAAAGGAGCCAAUGGAGGUUGAGGAAAGUAUCCUGAUGACAGAAACAGUGACAGAUGGGGUACCUGUUGAUACAUGGUUUGAAAUAGACAAGUGUGCGCUCUCUACUGUUUUCUGUGUCCCUGCCCAAGAGGAGUGCUUGUUAUUGACUGAAACAGGGGCGACAGUCCUCAAUGAGAAAGUGCCUGAUUCAGGGGUUGAGGAGGAGGAUGGUAUUGAGAUAGAACAGGAUGCUACUCUGUGCACUGUGGAUACAUCAGUGGAUGGGGUGGAUGAACAAUCUGAGACGGCUGAAGGGGAAAAGAAGUCCAGUGACCUGGCUGUCCCAACGAGAUGCUCUAAGAAAGCCGCUCAAUCAUCCGCACCAGACACCACAACCCAGGGGAACGACCAGCCCCCAGCCACCAGUCCAGGCAGUGAAGAGCCACAGUCCAAUGGACAGACCCCAGCAGAUAAGGAGGUCACCUCUGGUCAAGCGUCAGAUACCAUUGUACCUCCCCGACGCAGCAAGAAGAAAACCCUUCCCUCUCCUGUGUUCCUUCAGGAAGUUGCCCCAGGGCCCUCCACUACCACGGCGGACAAGGAUACAGCCUAUAGGAAGGAUGUAUUAGUCCUCAGCCAGGAGAUGUCAGGUCCACUGCCCAGUCCUGGGCUGGUCACCUCCAGCAAGUCUUUGCUGGAGUGGUGCCAGGAGGUUACGAAGGGGUAUAAGGGAGUGAAGGUCACCAACUUUAACACCUCCUGGCGUAAUGGCCUGGCUUUCUGUGCCAUCCUGCACCACUUCCAUCCUGACAAGAUAGAUUUUGAGACACUGGAAACCAACGAUAUCAAGUCAAACAACAAGAAGGCCUUUGAUGGCUUUGCUGCGCUGGGCAUCUCCCGUCUAAUGGAGCCCUCAGACAUGGUGCUGCUCUCUGUGCCAGACCGCCUGAUCGUCAUGACUUACCUGUGUCAGAUCCGCACCCACUUUACUGGCCAGGAGCUGAGUGUGCUUCAGAUCGAGAACAACAGCAGCCAGUCCAGCUAUGCAGUGACUGAGCCCAGUGAGGGUUCUGAUGUGGAUGCUGCUGCUCGUUUCUGUGCCCGCAAGCUACAGGAAGGUAGCUUCUUCCUGGAGGACAGUGCUACAGAACAGGCCUCUAAGCCCAAUGGGAGCCUAGUGCCACCCCCCCGGACUAAACGGUUGACAAAGGGGGAAGAGAAAGGGAGCGGAGCUGGGGGUUUGGAAGUGGGAGCAGGUGGGUCACAGACCCCUGUGCCUCCACCCAGGUCACACGCCUCUGCAGCAAAAUCAGGAUUUGGUCACGUGAGAGAUGCCGACCUGGUGAAGAAAAGGCGCUUGCGGCUGAAGAGUGAGUCCAUGGAUGAAGGGGAUGGGCUGGAGCAACAGAGUAGCACAUCCAACAGCACAGAGUCAGCUGAAAGUGUAUCAAACAGAGAGGUGAAGAACGGCUCCUCAGAAUCAGAGACAAGGAGCACAGCGCCAGUCCAGGAGUCCAGUGUCCCAAGCCAGGAGGAGGAUACUCUGCGUCUGCAGGACACCAGUCAGUAUGUGCUGAGUGAGCUGCAAGCCCUGGAGAGUGAACAAAAGCACAUUGACAACAGAGCAGGCAUCGUGGAGAGGAGACUCAGAAGACUGAUGGAAUCAGGUAGCGACCGUGACGAGGAAGAGAAGCUGAUCCAGGAGUGGUUCACUCUGGUCAACAAGAAGAACGCCCUAAUAAGGAGACAGGACCACCUGGAGCUGCUGCAGGAGGAGCACGACUUGGAGAAACGAUUUGAGCUGCUGAAUAGAGAACUCAGAGCCAUGAUGGCCAAUGAAGAGUGGCAGAACACUAAGGCCCAGCAGCACCGCGAGGAGCUUCUGCUGCAGGAACUGGUCUCUCUGGUCAACCAGCGGGACGAGCUGGUCAGAGACAUGGAUGCCAAAGAACGAGGGGCCGUUGAGGAGGAUGAGCGUCUGGAGCGGGGGCUGGAGCUUAGACGCAGGAAGUUCAGCAACAAAGACAAGUGUGUGCUGCAGUGAGAGAAGGGACGACAAUGACAAAUACCAACCCAUCCAGAACUAAACCUCCCCAAUCCCUGCUUGAAAUCAAGCUCUCACUCACUCAGCAUCCUACAAUAUGAAACACUCCUAGGCAAACCUGCCACCCCAGCAACAAAUCCAAAGCCCUCUGAACCGAUGGGAUGAUUGUCAAGCAGUGUUUCUCUCAUUAACUGGGAUUUGGGGACUGGUCAUUAGGGACCAAUUAUGUCCCCUGGGAUGCUGGAGCUGUGUGCCUUCCCCUUUGGAGAUACUUGAAACAAAUUUCCCCCUGUACUGGGAAGGUCCCUCAUCCAUUAAAAACUUUUCAUUGAAAAAACGGGGACCUUUACAGUACAGUCUGUCAAUAUGCCUUACUCUGUCAUUCAGUAGACAGAAAGCCCACUGUACCAACAGAUGUGUGUGUAUACUUUUAGACCACCAUGAAGAUAAGUGGUUCCAUAAUUAAGGGCCAUAAUUGCCUACUCACAUCUGUAAAUAUCUCAUUGAUCUUAUCUGGUCCAACAAUAUAAGAGAAUCAACUAAAGUAGACAAUUUGGUGGAACUGGCUAUGAAAACAACGGUAUGGUGGUUUCACACAAAAUGGUCUGACCGUUCUGGGUUUUACUUUGGACCCAUAUGUUUGAUGAAAGACUCAAGUUUAUGAGAGUAUCACGUCUUGAUGACUUCUGGUGAAGAUUUUUUAUUGUGUUAUCAAUCCUACUUUUAUUUAUGGUUUGGACAUUUGCAUGAGAAAUGUUUGGGUUAGGUGUGUGUCAUAUUUCGAGUGGCAUGAACAGUCAAUCAAUCUACCCAGAAAUGAAAGAAAAAGAGGAUAGUGAACAAACGUGAAACUUUACUUGUAGAGAAUACAUACAGGACAAUACAUACCAUCCUGUAAAUAAUAGUAUACAGUUGAAGUCAGAAGUUUACAUACACCUUAGCCAAAUACAUUUUAACUCAGUUUUUCACAAUUCCUGA